AUGAAUAGGUCUACCCACAUAUUGAAACGAUUCAGUUCGUACAAGACACCGUCAUUCAAGAAGAAACCAUCCAAACAAGUCAAAGUCACAUCCACCUCCACCAGCACCACCAACACAGCAGCUGCACCGCAUUACACCACCAAUCCACCACGAGAUUCUCCAUUCGUGCAAGAGCUCCUCGUCACGGGCCGCCCAAACUGGAGCAAGGCACCGCCGCAACUUAAAAAGCGAUACAAUGGCAUAUUCCUCAUUUUUUUAUCGGUGCCGAUCUUGGCGAUGACCACCUACGAAAUGGUGCUGAGGCUCGAAGGCAACAGCACCAAGAAGAUCCAGCAGGGCGAAAUGUACGAGGACGGCACGAGGCGGGACUUUAGCGAGCUGGAAAAGUAUAAAGUCGAGAGGGAGAGUUUGAUGUAUCGGAUUUUCGGCAAGGACUUUUUUUUGGAUGGGUUUACGAGCAGGACGAUGAAAGGUCAACGCCCAGAUGAAAAGCAAGAACAAGAUCAGAAUCAAAAGUAA